GCCACGACAACAGCCUGUGGACUGGCAGUCACACCCACCCAAGUGCCAGCGGUUGGCAGCCAGAUGACGUGCCAGGCUAGACGGCUCCAUGUGGAGAACAUGCCGUUUGGGGUGACCAAGGAAUCUAUGGCCGAUUUCUUCAAUGCCCAGAUGUGUCUACCUGGCCUGUCACAGGCGCCAGGCAACCCGAUAUUGGCGGCCCAGAUGAACCAAGAUAAGAAGUUUGCUUUUCUCGAAUUUCGCUCCGUGGAUGAAACCACCCAGGCGAUGGCUUUCGAUGGAAUCCAAUUCCAGGCCCAGUCCUUGAAAAUUCAAAGGCCGCCUGAUUACCAGCCCCUCCCAGGGAUCUCAGAGCAGCCCCCCGUUCACGACCCAGGUUAAGGAGUUACUGACCUCCUUUGGUCCCUGGAAGGCCUUCAACCUGGUAAAGGACAGCUCAACGUCGCUCUCUAAAGGGUACGCCUUUUGUGAAUACGUGGACAUCAGUUUGACCGACCAGGUACUAACAAGACGCACGCAUUCAUUUGCUUUAUUUACAGCAGUCUGCAGCACCACAAGUAAAAGAUGUCUGACGUUGAACUGAACUUGAACUUUACUGCCAGGCAACGCAGUCGCUAGGAAUUUCACACUCAGGGUGGCGUCCAUGGCAGACCUCCGCACUUUCGCUGAGGGGUCACUGGAGGGGCAGUCGUCACUGUAAAGGGAGAGA